AUGGUUGUUGAGGAGUUCCUGCGUACCGGGACGUCUCUCCUUCAGGCUUUGGUGGGCAAUGGCGCGGGCUCUGCAGAUCUGGGUCACUUCAUUAAACAAUUCCAGUAUUUCGUGACAAGUCUUAACCAUGAAGCGACUGACAAUACUGCUGUUGGCGUGGAAGGCUUGAGAAAGGCCUGUUGGAAGAUCUCGCAGGACGUUCUCAUCCGGCUGAAGCGGCUGAGGGCUGCUUCCGAGAGUGAGGAUUUGACUCGAGACUUACGUAGUGUCUUCACUGAGCAAGAUGUCGAAUCUCUGCGUACACAGUUAUUCGGGGUACAGAUGCGUUGGCAAGGUCUUCGACCACAUACCGAUGCACCACUUGAUAUCGCAUCCCAGCUGUCCGACACCAUUUCGGAUUCCCCAGCCGGUGACAAUGAGCUACUUCCGGAUUCACAGGAACGGCCUCAGAGCAAGCCAGGUUCUGGGCGUGCCAGAGCAGCACCAUCGAAAGAAUUGCUACAGGAGUUCAUCCUCGAAAGCUUGAGUUUCCAGUCCAUGGAAAGCCGGGAACAAGAUGUAUCCAAAGCACACGGAAACUCGUUCGACUGGAUUUUCAACAGCGCUGGAAGCCGAGACUUGGCGAGCGAUCCCAUGUUCACAGAGUGGCUGUCGACUGACAACUUGGGAAGCAUUUAUUGGAUCACCGGGAAGCCAGGAUCGGGGAAGUCAACUCUCAUGCGUUACCUGUCCGGGCACCAUGAAACCAAGAGGUCACUCCAAGUAUGGGCAGCCGAUAAACAAGUUGCCAUUGCCGGCUUUUACUUCUGGGUCAGCGGGUCCGAGGACCAGCGAUCCCGAGUUGGCCUCUUGCGGUCGUUGUUACAUCAACUUCUGUCGCUUUACCCAGAAAGCAUUCCCGCAGCAUUCCCCCGUCUCUGGCAGAAGCUAUCCGGAAUGACUUCAAAGGAGAGGAUCGCGAUGGGCUUUGAGUGGACUGGCCCUGAGCUUACGAGCGGGUUUCUGCGACUGCUCGAUACCGUCCUCUCCCAAGCCAAGAUCUGUCUAUUCAUAGACGGGCUGGACGAGCUUGAUGGGGACCACGACAGUAUGAUCCGUUUCUUCCGCGAUCUGGGGACGGGUAAGCAUGCGUCCCAGGUCAAGAUGUGCCUCUCGUCAAGGCCGUGGGAGGUAUUUGAACGGGCGUUCGCGCGCUCGGUCCCUAACUUGAGGUUGCAAGAGUUGAUUUUGGGUGACAUGACCCAAUAUGCCUAUGACAGCCUAAAUCAAAACGUACGCCGGGCUCUUCGGCAGAACGCAGAAGAAGCCGAGGGUCUUGUGCAAGAGAUUGUCACAUCCGCCGACGGCGUAUUCCUGUGGGCUCGACUUGUGGUCCGGGAGAUUAUCAAGAAGUUUGGCGGCACUCAAACGACGACUGCUAAUAUCCGAGACUACCUGUCCAGUUUCCCCACCGAGCUUGGCGACCUGUUUGGGAAGCUUGUUUUCACUGACCAGUCCGAAGAACAGUUGACUGAGACAUCAAAACUGUUCCAACUCGUGCAUGCCCGAGAGACUGUGGCCGAGUUUAUCAAGGACGAUUCGGCCACUUCCUUGUCCAUUUGGGAACUAGCGUUCGCUUCGAAGACAGAAGACGACGUGCUCGCUCUCACAAAGUCGGUGCAAGAAGCAACUGACGACACGAUUGUACGCCGCUGUGCAGAAACCCAGGAUUGGGUCCAGCGAAGCUCCGCAGGACUCCUCGAUAUCUUCCCAAGACGCAGCUCACAUGGAAAUGGCACCGUCCGAGGGACUCGGUUUGCAGAAGACGACCGAAUCGAGACCCUGGCUCGGAAGGUAGCAGGAUAUAAGGUCACAUAUCUCCAUCGGACGGUUCGCGACUGGCUCCUACACCCCUUUGGAAACCCCAUCUGGCUUCGGCUCACAGCGGCCAUGGACAACCCAGCUGCUCCGAAGUCUUUCGACCCCCAUCUGUAUCUGCUCCGCUCGUACGUUCUGCAGAUGAAACACCCACUCGAGGAAAUUGAACACCACCGUCGCUUGGACGAGUGGUAUCCUGAUAUUGCGCUCAGCCUCACCCAUGCGCGACACGUCGUCAACGACCGCCAGGGCUUCCAGACGAAGCUCGUUAAUGAGCUGGAUAAGACGAUAUCCUGGUAUUGGCUCACCAAGUCCUCAAGCCUGGAAGACCACUGGGCACGCAAUCGUUUUGGGACUUUCGAAGAGAGGCGGGGAGACAAGCUUUCCAUCCCAUUUCCCUUCCUCGCGCUGUGUACCAAGUUUGGCCUGGAGAGAUACGUCCUAGACACUUUAGACGCGAUGGCAAAUACCGAGCAUGAUGAAGAGGGGGACGCGUCCGGAGUCGCAGGAGAUGCGGAGACAGGCCUAGCAACGGAAGAGACGCCCCUUCUUUACCGCGCCCUUGAAUUUCUGUGCUCCCGGCAAAAGACGAUCUACCCUCUGUCUUCGCCAACACUUGUCCGGUCCCUCCUGGCAUACUCACAAAAGUAUUCCUCACACGCAGUCCUCGGCCCCCUCAUCGGCAGCCCAAACAAGGAGUUCUGGACAAAGCUCCUGCAUGUCAAGGACGCCACUCCGUGGAUCAUGGUACUCCGGUCAGUAAGAGACGGGCGGCGCAGGGGCUGGAUCAGGCCGUUCGAUGUCGAUCACUUGGGCACGGAAAGAUGGACAAGAAUUAUAGAGUUGUUUGUCCUGGAGGGAGGAGCUGACAGGGAGGCUAUUGUGCGCAAGGAUGGGUGGGACCCAGAGACAAAUGCUUCGGAAGUGCUGGGGCGUGGAGGCAUGCUCGAUGUCUAUGGGGACUGGUGGAUUGAGGAUAGGCUUGGGAGGCUUUUCGAGGCUAGGCAGGCGGCAAUCAAUAAAUCGCGCCUUGCAAAGUUUGCGACCAGCGGCUACCUUGCUAUCUACCUCCUGCCUGCUAGCCAGGUAGCGCUCACCUCGCUCAAUAUGUUUUCCAAGCAGCCCAAGUUCACCCCAAAGACACUGCCAAAACCGAAGAUCCGCACCGUCAGUGUCGAAGUACCAAAGAAGCCCAGCACGCCCGUUAACGGGAGACAUGGCUCGAGUAUGAGUAGUUCACCCCGUCCUUCUGCAUCGACAAUAGUCGCAAAGGGCGCAAAGAAGCUUGCCAACAGUCAUUCUCGAGCCAGCAAGAGCCCCUUCACCUCGUCCGACGAGAAGGGCUCGCUCGCCCCGCCCGCAGACGGUCGCAAACGCAUCCGCUCCCCCGCCACCGACAGCGAUCGCGUCGCCUUCGAUUCCGACGGAGACAGCGCCGAUGACGAUGACGACGACUGGGAGAGCCGCUUGAAGCGCCGCAAAAUGUCCACGCGCAUGGAUCCCAACCGCAAGCUGCAGCAUUCCGCGCUGGCCGAGCUUGCUGCCAACGGGUACAAAGACACCGGAAAGGCGCCCAAGAUCGUACACGCCGCAGACGUCGUCUCGCUCGAGCUCGGUGACAAGCCUUGGUUUCCCGGGGCCGACCCAGAGGAGCUCGUGGUCAAGCUGCAGUACCCGGGCUCCCUGACAAGAGAGCGAUUUGUGCUCUCCGACGCUAAGGACAAACUCAACGUCUUCGAGGAUAUUAAAAAGGUCGUGGAGAAUGUCCGCGACACGUUUCUCACACCUGAGCAGGCUAAGGAGUAUGGAUUUAAAGAUAUCAUUCGACAGCUGGAGCGCAACUACAGCCCCCAGAUCUUGAAUCUGGCUGGAUACAAGGCGGCUAUAGAAAAGUACAACAAUGCUGUGCUCCACCUUCUCAAAACCGGUGCCAUCGUCGCAGCCAUCGACAAGCAACACGAGCUAUCCGAAGGCCUCAUCGAUCAUAUCCUCACCCAAGUAUACGACCGUGUAGUCACUCCCAAAGUCGACAUUUUGAAGAAGUAUGACAACGGCACGGAUAAUGUCUAUGGCGAAAUGAACAGAAGCUUUGUGCGACAGGCGCUGUGCCAGGAACUGCGAAUGACAUCGGAGCAAGUCUUUGUUGACCUCGGGUCGGGUGUCGGAAAUGUGACGCUUCAGGCGGCACUGGAGAUCGGAUGCGAAAGCUGGGGCUGCGAGAUGAUGGAAGGUCCCGCCACGCUGGCAAAGGCCCAGCACGCGGAGUUCCGGGCCCGUUGCAAGCUCUGGGGGAUCCAACCGGGCAGGGUCCGGUUCGUGCAUGACGACUUCACCAAGGAUGAAGCCAUCAAGGACGUUCUUCAGCGCGCUGAGGUGGUGUUGGCUAACAACUUUGCGUUCACGCCGCAGCUGAACGACACCCUCAAGAUAAUGUUCUUGGACUUGAAAGAAGACUGCAAGCUAGUGUCGCUUAAGAACUUCGUCAGCUCCUCAGCAUACCAUACAAACGACAUUGCCACGCAGAUCCUCGACGUCAGGAAGUACCGCUGGCCCCCGAAUGGAGUAAGCUGGACCGAAUCACAAGGGGAUUACUUCAUUGCGACCAAGAAGUAG